AUGCCCGCGGGCCGUCCGGCGAAGCGGGCUGCCGACCCGGCCGCCUCGUCUCCCGGCGACGCGCAGCCCGUAGUUCCGGCUCCGGCCGUCGUCUCCUCCCCGCCACACUCAGUAUCCACAGCCCAGGGCAAGGUCAAGCUACCGCGCAUCGACAGCAAGAAUCAUGAGGACUUUUCCGCCCAGGUGAAGAACCGCUUGAACCAGUACACCCGAACCGGGCAGGCCUGUGAUCGCUGCAAAGUCCGGAAAAUCCGAUGCGAUGCCCUCCCCCAGGGCUGCUCACACUGCCUCCAAUCCAACCUCGAAUGCUACGUCACCGAUCGCGUAACAGGCCGGACCGAACGUCGCGGUUACUUGCAGGAGUUGGAGCGCACCAAGAUGGAGAUGGAGGAGCACAUUCGAGAUCUCGAGAAGGUCCUGGCGAAUCACGGCAUCGAAGUCAAGCCCUGGAACUAUGCGCCUUAUGGCCAUCCGCCUUCGGGAAUUACGUACGACCAGCAAGGCCAUCCGAUUGAGGACGCCGCCGAGAAGGACUCGUGGGCUCAGGUCGGCUCCGUCUGGGUCAGGAAUCAUCAGCACAGGAAGAAGAUGCCCACCACCAAGAGCAUCACCCGCUCCCGAUACGUCUCCCCCCCGGCCGCCCUCCACCUCGGCGUCGGUCCCGACAGCGCCCCUCUGAGCUCGAUCAAGGGCACCCAGCUCACCAUUCUGGGGACCACAAUCGAUCUGACUUCGUUCGACGUGCCCGACAUCGACGAGCCCAGCCCGGGCGCCGAGGUCGCCCAACCGCUGUAUAACAAGUCCAUCCAGGCUUUCUUACAAUCCAUGAUGAACAUCAACCCCCAGCAACGUGUCGACCUCCCGCCGAAGGAAGAGGCCUUCAAAUGCUCGGAAUGGUACUUCUUCAUCGUCUUUCCGUUUUAUCCCGUUCUACACAAGCCGACCUACAUGGCAUUGCUGGCUCGUAUCUACGACGACCCGACCUUCGAGCCUUCGACGCCGGAACUCGUCAUCGUGCAUAUGGUAUUAGCCAUCAUCUACUACCAACAAGCCAUGCGAAGCCCACAAAGCGCCGUCGACGCCAACGACAUUUCGAACCGCCACUACCACUACGCCGUCGGCAAGUUCUUCGAGCUCGCUUCCCUCCCUUCUGUGACGGCGGUCCAAGCCAUGGCCAUGAUCGCCGCUCAUGCCCGUAGCUUUCCCAAGCCCGGCGUCGGUUCUCUCGUGACCAGGAUUGCCAUGCAUCGCGCCAUUGACCUGAACCUACACCGAUCCAUCAAACGCCCCGGAGAACCGACCGACCUGAACAACGAGAUCCGCAAGCGCACUUGGUGGACGAUCCUUGCCGUCUCGGUCACCCUGGAUGGUCGUCUAGGUCGGCCCAUGCCCAUUGCGGUGGAGGAGUACGACGUGGAUUUCCCGGAAGCCAUCGCCGACGAAGCACUCACCGAGGACGGCGUCGAUACGGCGUCGAAGGCCCAGUGCACGUACCACGUCGGCUUGGCCGCGCUCCGAAUGACGCCGCUGUUCAUGGAGAUGUACUCCAACAUCUACUCGCCCAAGAGGGAACCCAACAACUACAUACCGGUGGUUCGGGCCUUGGAGGAGCAGUUGGAGCAGUGGAGGGCCGAUCUCCACGAGUCCCUGUUGUCGCCGGGACCGGGCGGCGAGAAUCAGAUGUACCAGCUCUACGUGCAGAUGGUGGAGACGGAGUUUCGGCUCUGCCUGCGUCACCCUUCGGUGGCCAUGACCAACGACCCCAAGAUGUGCGCCGAGAACGCGCGCAUCUGCGAGGAGGCGGCGGCGAAGAUGCUCGACGUGGUCCGAAGCCUGGACAAGCUCAAGUGUCUCGACCUGACGUGGUAUCAGAUGUCCGUCUAUGCGGCGGCCAUGUUCACGACACUGGUGGCACACUGGGAGAGGAGAUAUGAGGCGUCGAAGAGCGAGAUUUCGCAUUUAAAGUCGGACAUGGAGGAUUGGCUGACGGUUAUUCACUCGAUAGCGUCGUCUUUGGGCUCCGGCAUUCUGAUCAGUAGACAGCUGAGGGGCAAGGUGGAAGCGACGCUGCAGUGGAUAGAGCGCGAUCAAAAGACGAAUACACGCAAACUGCCGACCCGACCAGCAGCACCGUCACAAACGCAGUCCGCAACAGCGACGUCAACAGCACCGUCUCCUACCGAGAUCAAAUCCGAGCGACCGGCUGUGACACCACCGUAUCCAGCUCCGGCGCCCGUCUCGGCACCACCAGCUGUGCAUACCAAUGGCGGGCCACCGCCAGCGCCAGCACCAUCGAUGGCUAAAGAUUCACCACCACAACGACAUCAACCCCGACAUCAACAUCUACAUCAUCGGCAGCAUCAUCAGCAGCAGGAACAGCAACAUGAUCAUCGCCCUCCUCCACCCCAACCACAACAGCCACUACCCCCGCCGCCACCGCAACAACAACAACAACAGCAGCAACAUGCCCACUAUUAUCCCGACUCCUCCGGUCACAACGGUGGUCACAGCGGUGGCGGGGCCUAUCAUCACUUGACCUACUCAGAGCCGCCGCCACAGGCUAGCACGAUGGCGCACCCAUCGCCGUACGGGCCAAAUGCCGGCUACAUGUACUCGGGUGGGGCACACGCCCACGCGCACUCCCACGCACACGCACACGCACACGCUGGACACGGCGGCGUGAACGAUGUUUCGUCGGUGGACGACAAUCCCUUGCUCACAUUCGCGUCGCACGCGACGCAGCACGUUGUGGAUGCGGAUGCGAACGCGGAUCCUUUCAUCUGGCGGCAGCCCACGGCGCAGGGCACCAACUGGCAGGAAUGGGCGGCGGCCAUGGCGAACAAUUCGGACCGGUUCAACCCCAAUGCGUUGAUAGGCAUGGGCAGCGUGCCGACGCGGGAUCCGCAUGAUCCUGUGGGCCAGCACGACGGGUCUCUGCCGCCGGAGCUAGCGCCGAUGCCCACGGGACCAGCAACCCAAUGGCCGAUGCUGUUGUGGAGCCAUCACGGACCGGGGGCGGCCUAA